AUGGCUGUCUUUGCCCGCCUGCUGGAGCGUCUCAGGUGGUCCGGUAAAGCUCAAGAAGCUGCGGAGCAGGAGGCAGAGGUGGAGCGCAGGGUCCUCGGCGAGCCUGGGUGUCUCCUGGCUGCGCCCCGAUGCUCGCAGAGGCUACACGGGGGUGCGGCGAGCGCACCCGGCCUGCGUUUCGGGUCGAGCGCGGUGCAGGGCUGGCGCGCGCGCAUGGAGGACGCGCACUGCGCUCGGCUGGCUUUGCCCGGGCUGCCGUCGGGCUGGGCUUUUUUCGCAGUCCUGGAUGGCCACGGCGGAGCGCGGGCCGCGCGCUUCGGAGCGCGCCACCUCCCAGAUCACGUGCUGGGGGAGCUGGGUCCCGCGCCCCGGGAGCCCGAGGACGUGCGCCAGGCUCUGCGUAGCGCCUUCCUCCGCGCAGACGCGCAUCUGCGCGCGCUCUGGCCCCGCAGCGACCCCGGUGGCUCGACGGCGGUGGCGCUGCUCGUGUCCCCGCGCUUUCUCUACCUGGCGCACUGCGGGGACUCGCGCGCGCUGCUGAGUCGCUCGGGCUCCAUGGCCUUCUGCACCGAGGACCACCGUCCCCACCGGCCUCGGGAACGCGAGCGCAUCCACGACGCUGGCGGCACGAUCCGUCGCCGGCGCGUUGAGGGCUCCUUGGCCGUGUCCCGAGCCCUAGGCGACUUCGCCUACAAGCAGGCACCCGGGAGGCCUCCUGAACUGCAGCUCGUGUCCGCUGAGCCCGAGGUGGCUGCGCUGGCGCGCCAGGCCGAGGACGAGUUUGUGCUCCUGGCCUCCGAUGGCGUGUGGGAUGCUCUGUCUGGGGCGGACCUGGCGGGGCUGGUGGCGUCGCGCCUACGUCUGGGCUUGGCCCCGGAGCAGCUCUGCGCUCAGCUGUUGGAUACGUGCCUGUACAAGGGAAGUCUGGAUAACAUGACUUGCAUGGUGGUCUGCUUCCCAGGGGCCCCCGGGCCUUGUGAGGAGGCGAUCAGGAGGGAGAUGGCUUUGGAUGCAGCCCUGAACCACAAAGUUGCUGGUGAGCGGUGAUCAAAUGG